AUGGGCAAGCGCAAAAACGGCGGCGGCGGCGGCGGCAAAGACAAGAAGAGGCAGAGAUGCCAUGCGUUGAUCGAGCCGGGCCAGUACGGGGUGUAUGCGUCGUGUGCACGGUUCAAGGAGGUGGCGGCGGCCAAGGAGAUGAGGCUGCUCUUGCAAGACGCCAUCGAGAAGCACUAUCCGAAGGCGGAGGAGGAGGGGGGAGAGGGAGAGGACGCAAAGGAGGAUGAAAAGGAGGAUGAAAAAGAGGAUGAAAAGGCCGUGGACAUCGAGGACGAGAUCGCCAAGGAGCUUGCCGAGCUGAAGAAGAACGACGACCGCUCGAAACAGAACAGAAAUAACAAGGACCUCGUGCUACGGGAGAUCCCGCUCGGCGUCGAGUCGUUGACCUUCUUCAAGCUCAAGCAGCCCGUCACGCCGAGCUCCCUCGUCGUCGCCGUCUGCCGGGACCUGUACGCCAGCGGCGCCAAGACGGGCCGCUUUGUGCAGAAGCUCAUCCCCGUCGACCGCUCCUGCAACGCCACCAAGAUUGAGUUCGACAAGCUACUAGCUGCCACUGUCGACGCCUUCGUGCAGGAGGAGACCGCCAGGGGCGGCGACGCUCGGACCGCUCUCGAGACAUACAACGUGAACCUAGUCAAGCGUAACUUCGACACCAUCUCCCGGGACGAGUUCAUGGAGACGGUCAAGGAAAAGCUCGACGACACCUUCGGUGCCGGCUGGUGCCGUCUUCAGUACAAGGGCGCCCGUACGCUUCUUAACAUCUACUGUUUUAAGAACAACAUCGGCAUGAGCGUCGUGCCCAACGACGCGUUCGAGGAACUCGCCAAGUUCAACGUUCAGCAGAUCUUCGACAAG